AUGAGUAAUCCGUAUAAGGUACAGGAUUUCAAUAAUCAAAACUCGUAUGAGAUGAAUAAUGUUGGUGGUGACAGUAGCUACAACUAUGACACGAAGCAGUAUUCUUCAUCGAAUGAAGAUGAUUUUGUUCAGUUUAUGAAUGAGAUACAGGAUAUUAAUGCCCAGUUGGACAACUACUCCCAGAUUAUCAAUGUAAUUGAUAAUAAACAAAAAUCUUUCUUAUACAAUAUAGAUUUAAAUGACGAGGAUACUGAGUAUUCUUCUCAGCAGAUUGAUAGUCUAGUUGGUGAAGCACAGUCCUUACAGUUGGACUUGAAAACUCGUAUCAAGAAUGUGCAAGUACAAGCUAUCCACUCAAAAGAUCAGACCAAAGUUGAUCAAGCAGAAACUUGUAGGAAGAGAUUUCUUGAUUUGAUUCAGGACUAUAGGUUAGUUGAAGCUAAGAACAAAGAACAAUCAAAAGAACAAGCAGCUAGACAGUACCAAAUCAUUAAGCCCGAUGCUACUCAGGAAGAGAUCAAUGCAGUUGUUGAAGAUGGCGGAACUCAAUAUUUCCAGCAAGCUUUGUUGCAAAGCAAUAGAAGAGGCGAGGCUCGUUCUGUAUUAGACGAAGUUCAAGUGAGACACCGUGAAUUAUUGAAGAUGGAAAAAACAAUGGCUGAAUUAACCCAAUUGUUCCAUGAUAUGGAAGAAUUGGUUAUUGAGCAAGAUCAACCAAUUCAGCAUAUUGAAGAGCAAGUUGGUACUGCACAACACGAUAUCGAGCAAGGUGUUGGCCAUACUGAUAAGGCUGUGUCCAGUGCCAGAUCUGCAAGGAAAAAGAAAAUAUGGUGUGCUGUUAUUUGCAUUAUAUGUAUUAUAAUUGUUGUUGUUAUUAUUGCCGCAUAUUUUGGAUCGAAGAAGUAG